UAAUUAAAAAAAAACCAAAAAUAAAAAUGUAUUGUCAAUUCUGUUGAUAUUGCUAUUGAUUGGAUGGGAUCAGAAGCAAAACUUCUCAUUAAAUUCUUUUAUCACUAUGUUUACAUCGGGCUUGCUAAAGCCUGUUUCUCAUAAACUACUUUCAAAUUUUUGAUGUGGUCAUAUAAGUGAAGAUAUAGGCUAUAACCUCAUUACGAAAUGGCCAGUACCAAUAACCUAAUGUUCUACAACAGGAAGAGGAGUCGCAGUAGCACAGAAGAUGAGGGCAGCGAGUUUACUCCACUGUCCAAAAGGAUAAACAACCUCCACAUCAAUAAUGGCGUGUUGAAAUAUGUUAGACAGGGAGAAGGGACUGCUGUCCUACGGCAGCUGGUUACUCAGACACAACACCCAAACUACUCCCCAGAUCUGGGUCCAGCAGAAAAUCCAUUCUACUAUGAGAACAACAGGCUGCUCUAUAACCUGUACAUGGAAAGAGCUAGAAGAUCAGGAGAAGUUCCAUACUAGAAGUAAAGGUGACAUGAGCUAAUUCACUGACAAAGUUAUUCCUUCAAUGAGUCAAUGACUGAAACUAUGGCUUGUGAUAUUUUCCUUUAACAAUGUUUCCUUGGAUUGUGGAAUGGUUUAUUUUGUCAAUUGUAAAUUAUUGUUUCAAAUAAUUUUCUAGCCUUGAUUAUUUUACAUUUUGAAUUUAUUAAUACUAUUAAGAUUAUUUUCAAUUUAAAUAAUUUCAUGUGUUACUAUAAAUAAUAGUUUAUUAAAUAUCUUUACAAUUUACUGGAUUUUCAUAAAUUUAAUAAAGAUGUUGCCAUUAUUAGUAUUUUUGUAAGAAUUCUUAGACAAGGUUGUAGAAGAACGGAUUUCAAAUGUGAAUUGAAUUUAGGUAAGCUAUGACUGUAAAUAUAUGUUUUAAACAUAUAUAAUAGUUGUGCCAUCUCUAUGGCCUGACAUGACUUCCUAAGUUAUGAAUUAUGUUAUUAUAACUGUUGCAUGGUGUAGGAAAAUAAUAUUAGGACAUCCUGUUUCAAUAUGAAGUUGUACAGUAUCCAUGUAUGUGCUGUAAAAACGCUUAUAAAACGUACUGACCAAUAAAUAGACCAGUCAAAUUA